CUCUUAGUUCAAAUGUGGUUCAAACUUCAAUAGUUUAAAAUUGAGAUUGUUUCGUUUGAAUUGAAUAGAAAUUAGAAGAACUUUUCUUUUAGAAUUAUUAAUUAGAAGAAUAUCGAGUAUUGUUUACUGUUGUGUUUAUUUUCCUGUUGUAUAUAAAUUACCGUAAUAAAUACUCAAUAGUCAAUACACAUAAAUAACAAAAUGCCGAGGACUAAACGCCCCGCUGUUAGGCGUGUAAAGAGUGUUGCUGGAGAAGAUGAAACCGAAAAAGAAUUUAAAGAAUUAGUAAGAGAGCAAAAUAAGAAAAUGCAAGAAAGGGGAGACAUUGAAAUAUCAAACUUGGAGAUAUCAUUGAAAAUAUUAUUGGGAUCUUUGAAAAACCACUGUAAGAAGACAAUUGGACAGCUGAGAAUGGAACAACUACACCUAAGCCAGCAGCCUACCACAAGAAGGACGAGGAACCUCAGCCGAUCAACCUCACAUGACGAUGGGUACCUCACUGAGAACUCUUCGCAAGGCUCGGCCGACCGCGGUAAUAAGAAAACUGCUAUACCUGUGCCAGCGUCGAUCAGUCGGUCUGCAAGUCGCACGACCAGCCGUCGCUCGCGGUCGGCCGAUGCGUCUGCCCGUUUGGUCAAACAGACGCCUCACACGGCCCAACGGCGCAGAUCAAAGUCCGCGUACCGCACCCCCGCCUACAAUAAGAACUCUGCCGUCAAUUAUCCAGCCAUCACGCCCAAGGUGACGCCGCACACUUCGCUGGCGGUUCUGCGACAACCGCGCCAGGGAGAGAUGGUGGUUUCCAUGUCUGGCUCACCGGUGAUGGUGCCCUCGUGGAACCAAAUGCAGCCCAAAGAGAAAGCAAACUGCAACAUAAUGCUACAAGACGGUACCAUGCUAUCACUUCAGCCGAAACAGCUGCGACAGUCACAGGCAUACAUCCCGUUCUCUCUUAUGGAUAAAGACAUGCUGCAUCAGCUACGAACCCUCAAGGACAAUUUGGACAAGGUCGUCAAGUUGGGAGAGAAGGCCAUGAAAUAGACUGCUUGGCUAAGGCAACAGUAUUACUAUUAUUAUGUUAUUAUUAUUAUUUGUACCAGUGGGAGGCUCCUUUGCACAGGACGCCGGCUAGAUUAUGGUUACCACAACGUGGCCUUUUUCUGCCGUGAAGCAGUAAUGUGUAAAGAUUAUUGUGUUUCGGUCUGAAAUAGAUAGCUAGUGAAAUUACUGGGCAAAUAUGACUUAACCUUAAACCCUGUCUCAAGGUGACGAGCGCAGUUGUAGUGCCGCUCAGAAUUUUUGGGUUUUUCAAGAAUCCUGAACUGUGUUGUAAUGGGUAGGGUGUAUCAAUGACCAUCAGCUGAACGUCCUGCUCGUCUCGUCCCUUAUUGUCAUAUUUUUUUUAUAUAAAAUGUGUAAUAUUAGUAGCUCUCACGGAUCCCGGGCAAUUUAAAAUCGGGCGAAGUUUUGGUUUCAUCCAUUAUACCACCUCAUGGUUCAUUGCCAGUUAUUGCCAAGACUGGCACAUGGCCUUUUUUUAUAUUAAAAUUAUGUGUUGUAAAUUGUUUUUUUUUUCUAAUCAGUAAACUAAUAUAAUUUCAUUCAAAUUGAAUCUGGCGUAAUUUAGCUUUAUUACUAGUUCUUCUUCUUGUUCAUCUUGUCUGACAUUAUUGGCCGUUUUUAAAUUUGUAAAUUAAAAUCAUAUUGUGUUGAAGAAAUAAAUUAAUUUCCAAAUAAAUUAGUUAAUAAGUUAAUUAAAUACAUUUCAAGUUGAAUCCGGUGCAAUUUUGUUACAAUCCUUUGUUAAGGCCACACUCCUGUUCUUUACCAGUUGUCAUCAAGUCUGAUAUUAUAUUAAAAUCAUGUGUUGUAAAAUUGUAUUAAUUUCCCAAUAAAUUAGUUAAAUAA